AUGCCAGAGACACGUCGCGCAUCGCAUCAGAGCAAAGUCCAGUGGCUCGAAGAAUACCAAAAAGCCGCGCUGGUCAACAAAGCACUCGGCGCGGGACAAGAAGCAGAGCGCAUGAGACGAACCACCCACAAUCGCAACAGCAGAUUCUUCCAGCUCUCAGGUGAGAUCCGCAAUCGCAUCUACGAACUUACUUUCUCUCGCCGCACGCCAGUCAACUCCAGCAGCAGACUCUUCUGGCACUUCCCGGGCCUCGUCGAGGCGUGCAGACAGAGCUACAUCGAAGGUCUCGAUAUCUGGUACAGCUGUACCGACUUCUACGUGAGGGAUACGCCACGGCUGCCGUCGUGGCUGCGCAGCCUGUCAGUCGAGAAGGCGAACCUCAUCACGAGCAUUCACCACACAGGUGUGAAGAAGAGUGGACGGCAUGCGACAUACACUGGCCAGCAAUUUCUCGACAGGAUGGCCAGGCUCCGAGUGGAGAUGGCGUCAGAAGGGAUCAUUAUUGGGGAGGGCGUCAUCAAGGCCCCAGUGGACAUCGGCCGAAUGGUGUGGACUUCGAGUCCGGAUAGGCAUCGCCGUAUGCCGACCUGGGAUUGGAACAUGACGGACGACUUGACGGAUGAGGACGAUGACCAGUAG